AUGGAAUACGCUGCGAAGAUUGACCCAGCACUUGGGACUGAUGACUACGUUCGUCGUGCAUCGGAUUUGCAAGAAACAUCUACGCGUCAUCCAGCGCUGAAAUUCUCAGGCACCUCGAAAUUAAUAGUUAAGCCUCGACAUCCAGUCAGUCCGGUUGCCUUCAAUGUCCACACUCUGAAACAGCAGGAUCACAAGCUACUCUUGCUCUCACACUGGACUCGCUUGGCUCUGAUGUGUGCUGUUUCUCAGGAACGAGAAUCGAGGAUGCAAGCACAUUGGUUGAGCUAA